AUGAAUCAAUGCAACAUUACACAAAAUAGAGUCAAAGGUUCUAGUGGAGGUUAUACCACACAAUAUAUUACCUCUGAUUCAUUCAUCACUUGUGUAAAUGUUAUCGAGAACAAUCAAUCAUCUGGUUGGUUUAAUUACCACAGUAAAUAUUCAUCAUCAACCUCAAAGUUUAAAGUUUCUUCAUGUAAUUAUAUAAGAAAUAAAGAUUCUAAAUCGGGUGGUAGUUUGAUUUAUACUAAUACUGAUCUUAUCAUGAGUUAUUGUUGUAUCCUUGAGAAUGAAAUUACUUACAUAUUUGAAGUAAGUUCAGCAACAAUGACUUUCGAAAAUUCAACAACAGAUAGCACAGUUUCAACAAGAACAAGUCCAAUUUUUAAGAACACAAAUAUUUCAAGUUGUCCUCUUUUCAAGAAUUCUAUUCCAACAGAAGACCUAAAUGAAGAAGAAAAGGAAGAUGAUUUUUAUAUUCCUUACAUUAAAAAACCUAUCAAAUUUGUUUCCAUAUUUGCAUUGAUAGCUUCGGCUUGUUCUUGA